AUGCUUAUAACUCGGACAGUUUCCAAUGGAUCUUCAAUUGUAGCACAUAUUUGGAUAGAUCUGGUCAUUAGCUACCAAAAGUUAUUCUACGCCGAUGUGCUAAGUUGUCUGUGGAAAAAGUUAUUUGAGAUACAAAGACUUAACAUUUUCUCAACUUUUCCAAAAAAAUUCCUCAUUUUGCCACUUUGGAUGCUUAUAACUCAGUCAGUUUCCAAUGGAUCUUCAAUUGUAGCACAUAUUUGGAUAGAUCUGGUCAUUAGCUACCAAAAGUUAUUCUACGCCGAUGUGCUAAGUUGUCUGUGGAAAAAGUUAUUCGAGGUACAAAGACUUAACAUUUUCUCAACUUUUCCAAAAAAAUUCCUCAUUUUGCCACUUUGGAUGCUUAUAACUCGGUCAGUUUCCAAUGGAUCUUCAAUUGUAGCACAUAUUUGGAUAGAUCUGGUCAUUAGCUACCAAAAGUUAUUCUACGCCGAUGUGCUAAGUUGUCUGUGGAAAAAGUUAUUCGAGGUACAAAGACUUAAAAUUUUCUCAAUUUUUCCUAAAAAAUUCCUCAUUUUGCCACUUUGGAUGCUUAUAACUCGGUCAGUUUUCAAUGGAUCUUCAAUUGUAGCACAUAUUUGGAUAGAUCUGGUCAUUAGCUACCAAAAGUUAUUCUACGCCGAUGUGCUAAGUUGUCUGUGGAAAAAGUUAUUCGAGGUACAAAGACUUAACAUUUUCUCAACUUUUCCAAAAAAAUUCCUCAUUUUGCCACUUUGGAUGCUUAUAACUCGGUCAGUUUCCAAUGGAUCUUCAAUUGUAGCACAUAUUUGGAUAGAUCUGGUCAUUAGCUACCAAAAGUUAUUCUACGCCGAUGUGCUAAGUUGUCUGUGGAAAAAGUUAUUCGAGGUACAAAGACUUAACAUUUUCUCAACUUUUCCAAAAAAAUUCCUCAUUUUGCCACUUUGGAUGCUUAUAACUCGGUCAGUUUCCAAUGGAUCUUCAAUUGUAGCGCAUAUUUGGAUAGAUCUGGUUAUUAGCUACCAAAAGUUAUUCUACGCCGAUGUGCUAAGUUGUCUGUGGAAAAAGUUAUUCGAGGUACAAAGACUUAACAUUUUCUCAACUUUUCCAAAAAAAUUCCUCAUUUUGCCACUUUGGAUGCUUAUAACUCGGUCAGUUUCCAAUGGAUCUUCAAUUGUAGCACAUAUUUGGAAAGAUCUGCUCAUCAGCUACCAAAAGUUAUUCUACGCCGAUGUGCUAAGUUGUCUGUGGAAAAAGUUAUUCGAAAAAGUAGCUUCUAAUACUUUGAAUGGCUUAUACGAAUUGCCUACCUUCAGGCUGAUUUCUCGCGAUUCGCAUUUCAAUUUCUAUUUUUGA